AUGAAACGACUAGCUGAGGCGUUAAUGGAAUGCGAAUCAGAUGAACAACGACACGAAUUUCUGAUUAAAUCGCUCAAUACCCUAUCAUUUGACUAUCCCGAUGUUUACUCUAUGCUGUUUAUGGAAAUGAAAAUAAGAGAACUUGAUGCUAACGAUCCAAAAAAAAUGUCUGAAUGGCUAAACACUUCUAAUACGUCAAAUUCAAUCGUUAAAAUCCAUGAAGCAUUGAUUUUGGUUAAAAGUGACGACAUGAUGGUCAAAGAAGAAUAUCUAAACAAUUUGAAGCAUAUGCUGUGCCGCACAAUAGAAAAUAGAACUCACGUGGAGGAGGUAGUAAAAAUAUGCUAUUUGAUUGAGAAAUCUCCAUCCUUAAAAACCAUACACGAAAUUUUGAAACAUCUUGUUGAACGAGUAAAGCAGCUGUCCAAUGACGAUGAAUGCUCCACGGACACAGAUCAUUUUUGGAAAGUUUAUUUAAAACAGACUCAAGUCGACCUUUCCGUAUCGCUGGAUAACCAAAGUGUUGAACAACAACAACAAAUUAAAAACGACACACGUGUAUGGGAAAAAAUCAAACACUUACAUUUCAACCCUCUACGUGAUCUUCCUAACUUCGACCUCAAAUGUUUUGGUAAUAACCAUCUCGAAAUGGUUGCAACUGCUCACAGGCGUAGUACUUUAAUCGACCAGACAAUCGUUGGUCAGGACAUGGACGGAGCAUUCAACAAGUGGCUUAAUUUCUGUAAGCUAAAAAGAUACCAAUGGUUUUUCAAUAACCUCAGCUAUCUUGAAAUUGUACUUAUUGACGAGGAAAAUAUCGGAAAUCUUAUAGCCAAGGUGAACAGAAACACUAUGAAGGAAAAUUGCAUUAAAUAUUGUGUUCAGAAAAAAAUAUGUACUGAGACUAAAGUUUUGCUACACAGACCAAUAAAAUUGAACAAUUUAAUAACGGCCUUAGAUUUAGACGUAGAUUUGGAUAAUAUGAGCAAAUAUAUGCAAUACAUUCGGAUGAUACUUCAUUAUCCUAUCCCGAAUAAGAAUUGUGUCGUCGACGAGCAAUUACAAAAAGACAUAAUCACCGUCAUGGACAAAUAUUUGAAUCACCUAAUGAAAAUACUUAGCACAGCUAGAUUCCUAUCCGCUGAAAGCCAGCUCGGAAAUAUUAUUAACAAAUACCUAGAGUGCAUAUUAUUAAUUAACGGAAACCAAACAUUUAAAGAUCACCAAAUCGACCUACUGUGUAUUUUUGAGGAUGUACUGAAGAACAAAGUCCUUCUCAUGCGCAGAGACUUCUACUAA